CCAAAUUUUCAAAUUUACAAGUUUUCACUAGGGUUUAAAUUCAUCGUCUCCCUCGUCCCAACUGGAAAAAAGAACUGCUUCCUCUGUAUCUCGUAGUGGAACUUGUGAAUCAGCAUCACUAAUUUGAAGUAUAUUUUGGAUUAAAAGUGAAGUGAAGUGAAGUGAAGGGAGAAUCAUGCUGUAUAUAAUUGGUCUUGGAUUGGGGGAUGAUAAAGAUAUAACUUUGAAAGGUCUUGAAGCAGUAAAAAAAUGCAGCAAAGUAUACAUGGAAGCUUACACUUCACUUCUCUCUUUUGGGCUUUCUCCAAAUGGUCUUUCCAAUCUGGAAAAUCUUUAUGGAAGAUCAAUUACACUUGCUGAUAGGGAAAUGGUAGAGGAGAAAGCUGAUGAGAUCCUUAAUGAAGCUAAAUCUUCUGACGUGGCUUUUCUAGUUGUUGGUGAUCCUUUUGGAGCCACAACCCACACUGAUAUUGUUGUCCGUGCUAAGAAGCUGGGUGUGGAUGUUAAGGUGAUACACAAUGCAUCUGUGAUGAAUGCUGUUGGAGUGUGUGGCUUACAGCUCUACCAUUAUGGAGAGACAGUUUCCAUACCGUUCUUCACUGAGACCUGGAGGCCUGAUAGUUUCUAUGAGAAGAUUAGAGAAAACCGAAAGCUUGGACUACACACACUCUGCUUGUUAGAUAUACGAGUGAAAGAACCCACCAUUGAGUCUCUUUGCAGAGGAAAGAAGCAGUAUGAACCACCCAGGUUUAUGACAGUUAACACAGCAAUCGAGCAGCUCUUAGAGGUUGAAGAAGCCCGUGGAGAAUCUGUAUACGGUGAAAAUACAAUUUGUGUUGGUUUUGCACGGCUGGGGAGUGAAGACCAGAAGGUGGUUGCUGGUUCAAUGAAGCAACUUCUAACAGUCGACUUUGGGCCGCCAUUGCAUUGCUUAGUCAUAGUUGGCAAAACACACCCUGUUGAAGAAGAAAUGCUGGAAUUUUAUGGGCUUUAGAAAACUUAUCACAGGAUUGCAAUAGCAAAUGUUGUAUUCCUGUGUUGCCUUUGUACCAUUCCAUUCUUUUUGGUGACUAUUUAUUUAGGCAUUAGAUGACUAUGAUAUAUAUUUUGCUUUGUAAACUCUUCCCAUCUGCAAGUGACUUGACAUAUUUUCAAGAAUUCUUGAAUUUAAGAUUGUUGGUUAUUUUUGU